GGCAGCAUAAAUGAAGCCGGCUGCCCAGCGCCUGCGUUCCUUUCUUCAGGGGAGAUCAAACACAAAACAUGCAGUCGAUUAUUUCACGGAACGGGUUGGAGACUCCAGAGCCUGUGAAGGCAGAAGUUAAAGGAAGCGUCCCCUCGUGGCUCCAGGGCACGUUGCUGAGGAACGGCCCCGGGCUUUUCUCAGUGGGAAACUCCGAGUACAACCACUGGUUUGACGGUCUGUCGCUGAUUCACAGCUUCACCUUCAGCGGCGGGGAGGUGACUUACAGAAGCAAAUAUCUGAAGAGCGAGACGUAUAAGAGGAACAUCAAGGCCGACAGGAUCGUGGUGUCUGAGUUUGGGACCAUGGUUUAUCCCGAUCCCUGCAAAAACAUCUUUGCCAGGGCAAUGACACAUUUCCGCAACAUCAUCCCGGAUUUCACAGACAACAACCUGAUCAACAUCAUCCGUUAUGGUAAGGACUACUACGCCUCCUCUGAGGUCAACUACAUCAACCAAGUGGACCCAAACUCCCUGGAAACUGUGAGCAGGGAAAACUACAGGAACCACAUAGCUGUAAACCUGGCUACGGCUCACCCUCACUACGACAGAGAAGGGAACACCUACAACAUGGGCACCGCCAUUAUUGGCCUCGGACGGCCAAAGUAUGUCAUUUUCAAAACGUUCUUUCAUGUCAUCGAUAUAAAGACGAGGAAAGCAACAUCCUUUAAGUACUACACUGAUGCUCUGGUGGUCUUCCAUCACAUCAAUGCCUACGAGGAGGACGGCCACGUGGUGUUCGACAUCAUCACCUACAAGGACAGCAACCUGUACAACAUGUUCUACCUUCACAACAUGACAGACGAGACGGACAACUUCAUCAACGCCAACAAGGAGUUCUCCCCGCCCUUCUGCCAGAGGUUCAUCUUGCCUCUCAGCAUCCAGAAGGAUUCCCCCAAAGGAACCAACCUCGUGACUUUGACGGACGCGACAGCGCAGGCGGUGAUGCAGGACGACGGCUCCAUCUACUGCAAACCUGACACCGUCUUUAAAGGCAUGGAGCUGCCAGGGAUUAAUUACAACUUCAACGCCAGAAAGUACAGAUACUUCUAUGGCUCCAGGCUGGAGUGGUCUCCUCAUCCCAACAAGAUCGCCAAGGUCGACAUCGUCACCAGAACGCACAUCGAGUGGCAGCAGGAGAACUGCUACCCUUCAGAGCCCGUGUUUGUUGGGUCUCCAGGAGCCGUGGAGGAAGACGAUGGAGUCAUUCUGUCAUCCGUUGUGUCUUCGGAUCCGAACGUUUCACCUUUUCUGCUCGUCCUCAAUGCCAGGACCUUUGAGGAGAUCGCCCGGGCCUCCGUCCCAGUCCCCGUCCACAUGGACCUUCAUGGGAUGUUCAUUCCCAGCACAGGAAGCCAAGAAAGCAGUUAGAAUGAUUAUUCCUUUUAAAGAUAUGCUACAUCAUGAGGAACGCGGAGACCGUGAGGUUGCCUUGGAAAUGAAAAUGGGAAACAAACUGGAAAGUUUUCAUUGUCAUCGGACGUGAAUC